AUGCCAGAUCUAACAAAAAUAUUUUUUGAAUAUUCAAAUAAAUAUAGCAUUAGCAUUUCUGAGAUUAACAAGAAAACAGAUAUACAAAAAAAAUGUUCAGAAGAUCCAUAUAUUAAAGAAGCAUAUCAAAUUUUUAAACAUAUUAGUGAAUUAAAAAAAUUCUUAGAUAGCAUACGACAUGCAUAUCUUAAUAUAGAAUCUAGAGAAUCUAUAGAUUUUCAGUCGUUUAAUAGACAGCAUACUUCUAUUCUUUCAUGCAGAAGUUUAAAAACAUUAUCAGACAAACAAAGAGAAGAAAUUGACGUAAAAAUAAGGACAAUUAUUAAAAAAUGUAGAGAAAGAAUCCUAAAACUUGAAGAUUUUGAAAAAAAUAGAAAAGCAAUGCUUAAGAAAACAGGGUUCUUUACUUUGUUUCUUCAAGACUCUGCAAAAAAAAUAGAAGAACUAAUUUCAGAACAUAGAAAUAGUAUAACGUGGUUUCUUAACAAAAAAUUAAAAGAUGUAUCUCGUAUACAUGAAGAACAACAACACAUUAAACUAUUACGGCAAAUAGAAAAAAAUAAAAGAAUUGUAGAUUCUGCAAAUAUAAUUUCUAUUGAAGCAAAUAAACAAACUACUGAAAAUUCUAUGAUAUUUAAUUUAAAUACAGACUUAUCAAAAGAGCAAGUUCAAAUUCUUGAAACAGAAAACAAUGAAAUGCUUGAAUAUUUUGAAUCAACACUUGAUCAAGUAAGAUCGGUACAAAAAUCUCUAUCUGAAAUUUCAAAAAUACAAACAGAAUUAGCAUCUCAUAUAGAAGAACAAUCAUUUAUAACUAAUAGACUAUGCGAAGAAGCUCUAUCUGCUUCUCAGCUAAUAAAAAAUGGUAGUACUCAAUUAAUAAAGACUAAAAAGAGAAAUAGAAUAUCAGCAAAACUUAUUACCUGGUUUCUUCUUAUAUCAUCAUCCAUAUUGUUAUUAUUAGAUUGGUAUAAUUAG